AUUUAAACAAGUAGCAGUGAGCAGGAACUGCCAGCCUGAGAGGACAAGGAUUAAGUCACAGGAUUAAGUCACAGCUCCUAAUCAGGACAGCCUCUGCAGUCAAGUAUCUCCCAGUCACCUCCAGGAAUCGUGAGGAGCUAAUUGUUCAUCUUUUUUUUUUUUUUUUUUUUUUUAAUGUGGCAGUGAAGACAAGGAGCAGAGCAAGCACGCCUUGGCGAAAAGCACGCCUCUGGCAGAAGCCCCAAAAUGCCUUCUGAGAAGGAAGGGUCCAAGAGCCUCAUGCAGAGGCUGGCCCUGAAGAGCAGGAUAGCGAAGGAGACAAUCUCUGAGUUCCUGGGCACCUUUAUAAUGAUUGUCCUUGGAUGUGGCUCUAUCGCCCAAGCCGUCCUCAGUCGAGGACAGGCUGGUGGAGUCAUCACUAUCUAUAUCGGAUUUGCAAUGGCAGUUGUGAUGGCUGUUUAUGUGACUGGAGGCGUCUCUGGAGGCCACAUCAACCCAGCUGUGACUUUUGCAAUGUGUGCCUUUAGAAGGAUGGAGUGGUUCAAGUUCCCGUUUUACGUGGGAGCCCAGUUUUUGGGAGCCUUUGUCGGGGCUGCAACUGUGUUUGGCGUUUACUAUGAUGGAUUCAUGGCCUUUGCUAAUGGAAAACUGCUCAUCGAGGGAGAGAAUGCAACAGCGCCCAUUUUUGCAACAUACCCAGCUCCGUUCAUCUCCCUGACAAAUGCCUUUGCAGACCAAGUGCUGUCUACCAUGUUCCUCCUUAUGCUUGUCUUUGCCCUUUUUGACUCCAGAAAUCUUGCGGUGCCCAGAGGCCUAGAGCCCGUUGUCAUUGGCCUCCUGAUCAUCGUUCUUAGUUGUUCUCUGGGAUUCAACGCUGGCUGUGCCAUGAACCCAGCCCGAGACCUAAGCCCCAGACUCUUCACUGCUGUCGCAGGGUGGGGGUUUGAGGUCUUCACAGCUGGAAACAACUUCUGGUGGAUUCCUGUUGUGGGCCCUAUGGUUGGCGCUUUCCUUGGGGGCCUCAUCUACAUUCUCUUUAUCGAAAUGCAUCACUCGGACCCCGACUCAGAAGAGGAGGAAGAGCCAUCUGAGAACAACCUAGAGAAACAUGAACUCAGUGUCAUCAUGUAGUGGUCAAAUGUGGCAGGGUCUACAUUUACUGUUCUGUUGGUUCCCUCUUUAGAAAAGAUGGCAUCUGUGUGCCUGUGCUUUGGUGAGACUUGGGGCUGGAGCAUCUACCCAGUUUUCCCUCAGCCAAUUGGGACAAACAAUCACAAAGGCAUCCAUGAAAAAUUCCACCAGCCAUCCUCCCCAGAAUAGCACUGACUGUCCCCUGAGCCAGUGUUCUCUCCUGACCUGUUUACUGCAUCUUUGAUGGAGGUCCUUGCUCCUAGGUGAUUGCUAAGAAUUUGGCAACUUGACCAUGGACUCAGCUGAAUAGACUCAGAGACCUUUAUUACCCCAGAUGGAAUAGUGCCAUCAAAGGCUCUGCCUUCACAAUCUAUAAAUACAACAUUCUGGAACUGAAAGGUCAAA